AUCUGUCUGAAGUGCUGGGGAGGGAACUGGGGAGAAGAGGAGGAAGAAGAGUUUGGCUUGAGGGCUGCGUGCUGGAUGGCAAGGCACCGUGGGGCACAGGAAGCUUUUGAAGGGAUUUUAAGCAGGCUAGUGAUGGGGUCAGAUUUGGGUUGUAGGCCCAUCACCCUGGGGAAGAGACCAGAGGUGGGGAGACCAGUUAGGAGAUUAUGGCCAGGGUACAAGAGGAAGAUGGCUUGGACUCAGCUGUGGCAGUGGGGUGGAGAGGAGGUUACUGUCAUUCCAGAAAUGCUUAGAGGAAGAGCUGAUGGGGCUUGAUGCCAGGUUGGGCGUGAGGAGGUAGGGGGGCAUUUUGAAGGCACUUGUAUCAAAGAAUAUACCAGGGUACUCCCCUCAACUUCUCUCCUAAGUAUUUCCCUAGCCUGGCUACUCUGCCUCCAAGGCCUCCCUGGUUCAGGGGCUCCACCUGCAGACACUCUCCAGCCCUAGUCUCCAGCCCUAGCGUUCCUCCUCCAGGACUUGUGCCCUGGGGUUUCCUGGCUUCUCGGGGCCUCCUCAGACCCAGGGCUUUUUCUGGCGGAGGCUGAGACUCACUGGUGUCAUCAGGCCCCUCCAUGAAUGAGACAAACAAAACACGUGUGGGGCCCUCGGAGCUCCCCACAGCAUCCGCUGUGGCCCCUGGCCCAGGCACUGGGGCUCUAGCAUGGCCUGUGCUGGUAGGGGUUGUGCUGGGGGCUGUGGUCCUCUCUCUCCUCAUUGCACUUGCUGCCAAAUGCCACCUCUGCCGCCGAUACCAUGCCAGCUACCGGCACCGCCCACUGCCCGAGACAGGAAGGAGGGUCUGCCCACAGGUGGCCGAAGAUGAGGAUGAUGAUGGCUUCAUCGAGGACAAUUACAUUCAGCCUGGGACUGGAGAGCUGGGGACAGAAAGUAGUAGGGACCCCUUCUCCCUCUGAGUUCUGGUGUUUGGCCACUCCCUGCUACCUCCAUGCCCAACAGCUUAAGGACUGGUUAUGACAUCGGAGUCUUGAACCUCAGGGACAGAGGUGGCUGGGGCUUAAAGGUUGGCCAGGGAUGGAGCAAUCCCCACUUCCCUGACACUAGCCACCAAAGUGACAAUGAACCCUCUCUUGCUCAAUGACUCUCAAUGGCUCCCUGCUGUUCUCAGGACAAAGCCAAACAAAGGCUUGAGUGUGGACUUAAGGCCCUCUGUGAUCAGGCCAGAGGGCCUCUUGGUUUCUUUUCUUGCCUUCCCCUACUUUACUCGUAGAAUAGAUGUUAUUCUCCCUCCUAUCACUGCCCAUGCAGUUUCCCCAGCCACCUUUGCUUACAUUGGCCCACCUGCCUACACUACUCUUUUAAAUCCUCUCUGACUGUGAUGAAAACCCUGGUCAGUAGGCCCUGUGUGACCUGCCUACCUGCCAGCAUUACAAAUGUGCCAGAUGGUAACAUUUGAGCAGGUGAAAACCAG